AUUUCCUCAUAUUUUGAGAAAUUUCGUGCUAUUAUUUCGCUGUUGCAAGUUCUAGUUGGGAUUCAGCUAAACUUCGCAGCGCCCAUUCUGAGGGUGAUGUUUGCAGUAGAAUGCACAUUUUUACUGUUUUAUGCUUUUUCUCGCCUGUUGGACAUACUAAUCCGACUUAUAAAGGAAGUCGUGAGAGCUGAUGGUCGAUGGUGAACUGAUUGAAGUUGAAGGGCAUACAAAUGCAUUUUGAGGCUAUGCGAUGUAAAUUUGUAGAGAAUGCUGAGAUUUCUGCUACAGAGAGCUGGAGAAACAUUUCCUGCUGAGACAGAAAGGACGAACUGUACAAAUUCAGAGAAGGUUUUAGUGGGUCCAUAUGGUGAGACAUACCCAGCAGGUCUUGAUGCAAACCAGGCUGUGAAUAUAAAAGCUGAGGUAGUCUCAGAUGCAGAAGAGGAAGCAGAUCCUGUGCAAAUAAGAGUUCAGGAGAUAAAGGCUGAACCUGAGAAAUGUACAAAUUCGGAGAAUGCUUUAGUAGGCCUGUAUCGUGAGACAUACCCAACACCUCAUGAUGCAGAUCAGGCCAUGAAUGUAAAAGCUGAGGCAGUCUCAGAUGCAGAAGAGGAAGAGGAUCCUGUCCCAAUAACAUUUCCAGAAAUAAAGGCCGAACCUGAGGUGAGCUGUAUGUGCAUUGUUAAGCAGAUGACACAGAUGUGGAGAAAUGCCGCUUAUCCUUCUGAUAUCUAUCUCUGUUAACAUGAAACAACUCCACUGCGCUGUUGACUAGAUUUUGAAGGGUUUUUUCCUGAAAUGUUCUAGGCAACUGUAGUACAGUAUUAUAAUUAAGCAUCCUGUUACACUCUACACAAUGUAUGACACAAACUCCGUCCUAAG